AUGUGCAGAGAUAAUUUAAUUAAAGUAUCCUUAGUCUCUGUAAACUCUGGAAGUGAAUGGAGGAUAGGAGACGUAGUUGUGGGUAGUGCAUCCCUCAGAUGUCAACUCAAGUUCACAAAAGCGGGGGAUGGAGUCCUUGGAAAAAUUGUAUAUAUUGAGGAAAAAAGAAAAGGACUCUUGUAUAUUACGGUAGAAAAUGCAAGCCCAUUGGAUAUACUAGAAGAGGCUGACUUAUCUGUUCAUGUGAGACACCGCUCAAAAAGAAGCAACACGAAUUUUCUGUCGAACAUUUUGGAUAGCAUCAACUGGGAAGAAAGAACAAAUACAACGGUUGAAUUAAACCCAGAAAGAAAGCCUUUCUCUCUGCUGAAAAUGGCCGAUAACCCAGAACCGGAAGUUCUGGUAUUUAAUUCAGGAAGCCAGAAUCAAAGUUCAACAGGGGCAGAGUUCAAUUUUACGUGUUCUACUUGUUUUGGAAAGAUUGAUUUAUCAUACCAUUUAGAAAUGAGAAUAAGAAGAGACCAAACAACCAACAAACCUAUUAUAAAGUCCUACCUUUCUCAGAUAGAAGGCACAGCUACAAAUUACUAUCAGUUUACAAUUGAAUCUCAGAGAGAACUGACUCUCAAGUUAGAAAGGAAAAUUAUGGAUACAGCUCCUACUUUUCUUCAUCCGAUACAGCUAGCAACAUUUAAAAGAUUUCCCACAAUACAUCUGGCUAUCAGCGUCCAAUCCAUUACUAAUCUGUCUGCGGAUGUAAUAUCAAUGUCUUCACAGGAGAUAAAGGUCGACGACUCCUUCCAAACAUCGGGAAAAUUUGUCGUAUCCAAUCAGCACAGUCAACACAAUGGUCCACCAACAAAUCAUCUCACGACAUCUGAUUGGCAGAUACAACACAGCCCACAUGACGGAGUACUAUCCAAUGAUUCAUUUUCUAUCCAUAUCAAUCUUUCUCAGGAGAUUUUCAUAAAACCCUAUAUUGAAUGGAGAGAGCGAGAUAUUCUAUUAGAUUUUGGAUCACCUUUUAGCGUAAGAUUAAAUCAAAAUCUGGAUGUGAUAUCAUCAGUUUCCGAUGUAUCUCUGUGUACAGAUAUGACAGCUCAGACUACAAGUGUGUUCUUCACAGGAAAGAAUUCUUUGGUGGUAGAUGCAUUUGGGAUUCCAAUAUGGGGAGACAUUUCAACUUUAUCUAAAGCUCAAGUGACGAAUUCCUCUUUGAUUCAGCAAAAUUUAUUCAAUAAAUGUCGUGCGCAUUGCUUUGGAAGUCAACAAAUAUCUACGACGACGAUAAGCGCUUGUGGUUCAACAGAUGACGUAGUACUCCGAAAUUCGUCAUCAUUUUCUUCUUUGCGAAAGUUAUUUGGGGAUUCUAUCUUAUUCCUGUCGGAAGAGUCCAGCGAAUCGUCGUGGUGUGGAUAUCCGGGAAAUCCUUGUACCGACUGUGCGGACUAUUUUCAAGAUGAUAACAUCUGCUCCGAUAGAUACGUCACACCUACACUUGCAGAAGUUUUAACAAAAUUAUCAAAACUGGUUGCCGCUGAAUGGCCGGACAGAAAGCUUUUGAUUUUGGAAGCUUGGGACGAACCUACAUCCGCACAUCCGGAUGGAAGCCAUGGUAAUCUGUCAUUGUUUUACACUGGGAGAGCAGCUAGAGUUGCCCUUAGCAAAACCCUUUCCAGUAAAGAACCUGAGACUAAUGAAGAUAUUUUCCAAAGAUUCAAGGAAUUAAUUCAAUGUUCCGAUGUCGAUUUUUUCGAAAUAUUCACCAGAAAUUCCAUAGUUGACAUGUGCAUUUCUGAUGAUUCGGCGUCUUUAUUUACAAACCAGGACAAAAAGAGAAAGAAAAGAGCAGUGAAAUCAAACAACAUCGCUCAAGUCAACACCUGGAGAGAGGAAAAAGACAAAUAUGAUGAUCAUUUAUUUAGUCUGGUAAGUGCAAAGACUCUAGGAUCUACUUCAAAGGACUUCUUUGGUAGUGGGAAAUAUUACCCACAGGGUAAAACUGCACAAGAUGUAUGUGGAGAAGCAGAUGAUAUAUAUAGCAUAGAAAACCUAGAACAGAUGCAACGAUUAGUUCAGUAUCCACUACAGAACGUUGAGUUUGAACCAGAGGGAGCAAAGACGUCAUCUUGUGGAGCGUUGACCCGGGAAUGUAAUCAGUGUAAAGAUUAUAAGGACGUUGAUAAUCCCUGGGAUUGGUGCUUGACUCGGACCAUGAAUACUAGAGCUGUCACGAGAUUACGGAGGCUAGUAAAGUUGAUAGAAGAUGAAACACAGAGAUCCUCACUUGGAAUGACAGACGAAGAACUCGGUGUUUGUCGAUCCGGAGUGGUGCUGUUUCAGGAUCUUCAAAAGUGUAAAGAACUGAUGCCAAGCUCAACCUCCGACAAAGAAACUAAAUGUUACAACUGCAUAAAAGAUACCCGUUGCUGCUAUCUCAAUGACAAAAUAGGUUGCAUGAAAAACGAUUGUUCUGGAGACCAAAGUGCCAGUGUGUGGACUCCAAUUACAUGUCAAGAACAAAAUCCAUUCGCUCCUGGUGUUACUAUCCCUUCAAAUCCAGCUUGUAAUCAAGGUGACGAUUCGAAAAUGAUUCUCUACGGAAAUGUAUGCUCAGGCGAUCCUUGUCAAUUCUUCACUGGAAAAGAAUAUCAUUUACUACUCAAAGUAAUAAUGAUAUUCGAAGUUUGUUCUGGGAAAUGGGAUCAGGCUACAAUGGAUUCAGACAUUCAGAACCUGAAUGUCAGAGACGGGAAUCUGAUGACGUUCUUGUCUUCAUGUAUGGGCAGUGAUAAUACUAUCCUCAAAAUUCACAACCCAAUUCCUAAUGAUCCAACUAUUGGAAUCGGGUACAGUCUUCGUGAAGCAAAAGAUUCGACAGAAAAGAAAGAUUUUCUAUUGGAAACAAUCCCAAGCCUGGAUUAUAACAAAAUAAUGAAUGGGGAACAAAGUUUAACAAAAGAACAAGCACUUUUCCUAUACGAUAGAACAAUGAGAAGGCACAUUAUAAGAAGCAUCAACAGUAUCGUUCCUUUUAAAAUAUUCGUACAUUUGGACACGGCUACGAAAAUUGCCAUCAUCAACGCAAGAUAUAGAGGGGAAAUUUCUGGAACUCUUAAAAAGAAGUUUAACACUGCUGUCACCAAUGGUCAGUGGGCAAAUGCGGCAGCCAUUUAUCUCAGCCAUCCAGAAUACAAGACUAAAUACAAAUGCACGACAACCGGCAAAGGAAGUAUAUGCACUAGAAUGAAGUGGAAUGCGGAGCAGUUCCAAAAAGAAGUUUGGAAACCAGUGAAGGUAUCCAAGACUGAUCCGCCGCGAGGAAAGAGAUCAACUGGGACGACCUUGUCAGCUGUUGGGAGAUCAUUGAAAAUAUCAGUAAACACAGGUGUGUCACUGAGCAACAGUAAACUGGCGAAUCUCGCCGUUCUCGCGGGAUUUGAUCACGUGACAAAGGAAUCCGAUCACAUCAUAGUUAGCGUUCGACCAGCUACUGGCGUUAACACUGUCAUAGUGAAUUAUCCAAACCUGAACAUGCAUGAAACAGAACCCCCAGCUAAGGACACAGUAGAAUACGAAAUACCAGCAGAGGCAGAUUAUAGCUUAAUGUAUCCCCUUCUUCUAGAUGGAUUCAAUGAUUCAAUAAAACUCUCAGAUUGUUAUAGAAUAGCCGAUUUAAAAAUUCAGAAAUAUAGGUACUUUAGAUUUGAUGUAAAACUGUUAGAAUGCUUGGAGGAAGCCAGUAGUCAUUAUGAGGGAUGCAUCAAAGUGAUACCUGGUUCUGGAUAUCGUGUAAGGUCAGAUAACAAUAGAAAUAUUGAAUUAAGACAUUCAGAAGAAAAAUGGCGGUUUUCAGUAGGCCAAGCAGUAGAAGUUGGACAAGGAUUGUCACUGAAAGAGUUAUCAAAUCUUGGAUUAACAAUUAUCAGAUCAUGUGUAAAAAAUCUUAUUCCUAAGAGGUUAAUACUAGGUAUUGGGGCUCACUCAGAUAGGUUGUAUGUUGAUAUAAGGGAGUCAACCCCAAAAGAGGAAUUUAUUAAAGUUUGGGAUGCAGGAUUUCCGAAAUUGUACAACGAGCUGAAAGAAAUAGAGACGGGAUUUAAUAAAGGUGGUGCUUUCAUUGAUCCAACGAAUAGAACAAGAGCAUGCCAAACUCCACCCCUAGGAUCCAAAGCAUAUUACAUAAAAUAUUCCAACGAAGAUUCUUGUAAUUCGGAUUCUGGGGUUUCCGCUGUUUGUUUUUCAACUUCCUCUGAUCGCCAGAAGUCAGCUUCUGAUCUUUUUAAACGAUUGAAUGAAGUCACUGGAAACGGGCCGCUAGAUAGGGCGACACUUAGAGAUAAAGUCAACAAAUGUCUGGUGUCAAUGUGUGGUGGUUGCAUCGGAAAAGGAAAAAUAUGGAAGGAAAAGACGAUGGCAUGCUUUGACCUUAUGUCUUAUUUUUUGGACGGAUCCUCCACUCCAUUCCCAGACCUUAGAAACACCGGGGCGUUUUACAAUACAGAAAACUCAAAAUCAGAGGUUCACUCUUUGGCGUGUCAUGACGGAAGUGCAUGUAUCGAAAACGUUCAGCUUCAUUCUUUUCUACAGGAAACAUUAACAACUAAAUACAAACCAAAACCUUCAGAGACGAACGAAGAACUCUUGUACGAUCCCGCUGACAAUCCGUCUCCUUUACUUGAUAUUUUAGAACAGGAAAUGGCAAUGAGGGUUUCCGGAAACGUGUCAGUUUAUAUUGAAAGCAAUGGAGAUGUUUCAAAACUAAAUCACAUACUAAAGAUACUUAUGGUUUAUAACACAAAGGUCUCAAACGUUCUUUUCCAUCUGACAAAAUCAGUGAGGGAGAAUCAGGCAAUGGCAGCUAUUCAACGGAAACUUGAGCGAUGGGCGUUUUCCAUGUGUCCAGAUAGAACACGUGUUGUAGUAGCUCCAUACACUGUUCAGAAAAUAGACCAUGAAAGACACAAGCGAAGUAUUGAUAGAAGCAAAGACAGAAAUGUAGUGAAACAACUGAGAAAUAACUGGGAACUGGAGUGGUUAGCAAAAACGUGAUUCUCUUUGGGGGAUGAAAGCCGUUUGUACAAUUGUGAUUCUAAUAAUUUUCCCGUUUUUUGUUUUGUUUUUUGUUUUGUUUUUUUUCUACGGAAGCCCAUUGAGGCCAGUUCAGAGAAAGAAAUAUUCUUUAUUGCGUUUAAACGCAAUAAUUAUUGCGUUUAAACGCAAAACA